AUGUGUGGCAGAUACGCUCUUGAUUGUACUGCCGGUCAACUUGACCAACGUUUCCAUGAACUGGGAUUUCAGUUCGAAAACAAUAGACAGCAGGACACCUCUGGAAUUCAACCUUCUUAUAAUGUGGCACCAACCAAUACCGCCCCGGUUUAUACACACCACAAAAAAGUGCGGGACAUGAAAUGGGGGCUCAUUCCUCACUGGGUAAAAGACGUUUCCAAAUCGCAGCCUUACAAGACGUUCAAUGCCCGUUGUGAGAAUAUAUCGAGCAGCAAAAUGUGGACGGCACCCAGCAACUAUAAGAGAUGUGUUGUGCCUGCAAGUGGAUACUAUGAAUGGCUCACGAAGGGAAAGAAGAAAAUCCCCUACUAUGUGACCCGCAAGGAUCGAGAAGUAAUGUUCUUGGCAGGCAUGUACGAUCGAGUCGAGUCCGAAGAUUUGUACACUUUCACAAUCAUAACUGCACCGGCUCCGUCUAACAUGGAGUGGCUUCAUAGAAGAAUGCCUGUGGUCUUAAACUGGCGGUCAAAGCAGUGGGAUACAUGGUUGGAUGAGUCGAAAACUCAAUGGAAUCAGUCAGAAUUAAAAGAGGUUCUCCAGGCACAAUGCAAUGAAGAUGAGCUGGAAUGGUGGCAGGUUAGUACAGACGUGGGAAAGGUGUCAAAUAACGGAAAGUACCUCAUAGCACCAGCUAAGGCUCCGAUCAGAGACUUAUUCAAAAAAGAAGACAAAACCAGCACUUCUUUGGCAAAACACGAAGACAUUCCAAGUUUUACACAUGAAAAUCCUUCAGCGGUCAAGCACGAUUCUGACGUUGAGAAAAUACCAAAUGUCAAAGUUGAAGAGGCCGAAGAAGACAAGAAACCGAUUGUUCGUGAGCAUGGGGAAGAUGCAGAAAAGGGUCUCAAAGAACAGCUAUCGAAACCUAAAUCUGAAAAAGAGAAUACAUCAGAAAGUGGUGGCCAGAAACAUGAACCUAGCAGCGCAAAACGCAAAUCUGAAAAACAGGAUAUUACGCAGAGACUGCGGGCUACAAAACGUGCGAAGCAUUAG